CAUUAAUUCUAAACAUGGCUUCUUUAACAACAUGCAAGUAAAUUUAACAAAAUUUGGGCUGGAACCACGACUUAUAUUUCAUGAUGAGCAGAUCAGAAAGAUGGUCAAGCGCUUCAUCGGAUAGCGAUGCGUCCUUCGUGCUGUUUGGAGGAGAACAUCGCGGGGAGCUUCAAGGUUCAAACGCCAUACACGAUAUACUCAAAGAAAGGAUCGCGUAUUUAUCUGGUGGCAAAGAUAAACGUGGUGGACCCGUGAUAACCAUUCCUAGUCGCGAAGCUACCUCUGAAGUAAAGAACGAGGAUUUCAAACGUUUGCUUCAUUAUCUCAGCGGUUUACCUAGUGAUAAUGCACGUGAACAAGGAUUCAGUAUUGUAUUGGACAUGCGUGGUAGCACGUGGCUCUCCAUCAAACCAAUCUUGAAGUCAAUGCAGGAGAGCUUUCCGUUGAAAAUUCAUUCCGUUUACAUAAUCAAACCGGAAGGCUUUUGGGAAAGACAUAAAGCUUCGUCGGGCAGUGGAAAAUUCAAUUUCGAGGUGACCUUUAGUUCACUCGAAGGACUUACUAAAUACAUUGAACCUUGUAAUUUGACGUCUGAAUUCGGAGGUACACUUUCCUACGAUCACGAUCAAUGGGUGAUAAUGCAAAUGUCGUUAGAAAAGUUCAAUUUUGAGGCCAUGACCUUACUGACGAAACUCGAUGAGAUUCACGAAGGUUUGAUGCAUCAAGAUUACGCCGACGAUCUUGUUGCGUUACGCGAACAGGUUAAAUAUCAUCAGCAUAUACGAAAAUGGAUUAUCAAAGCUCCAAUUGAUACUUUAGAAGAGGAAGGUAGUCGUCUUUUAGAGUGGAUUAAUGAAAAUAAACUAACACAAGAGGAUGGUGCUAGCGAAGAUUGGAAGGCGACAAGUGCAAGGGUUAAGAAUAUACUUGAGAACUUAAAUGGAGAGCGAGAUAAACUUAAAGAUUCGUGGCACAUUAGGAAACAUCGUCUUGAUCAGUGCAUUCAAUAUCAUUUGUUUCAACUCGACGCUAAAAAGAUGAGAAAGUGGAUCAAGGAUAGUCAAGAUGAUCUUUUGACAAACUUCAUUGAUGUUGGAAUGGACGAGAAAUCUUCGACCGAACUGCAAGAGGAACAUGGACACAUACAGACCUCUUUUCGCGAAAUUUCUGAGAAUAUAAAAAAGAUACUCGAAGGAGCCGACAAGUUAUUGCACUCGGGACAUUAUGAAGCUGAUCAAAUUGAGUCAAUAGCAGUGUCCUUGGAACAGGAGUGGAAACAAUUUUCAAUGGAUAUAAGUGAACGUGGAAACUUGCUUUCGUGUUCCGUUGGAUUUCAUAAGAAGAGUGAGGAGUUUUUACGACGUGUUGCAUCAUGGGAAGAGAGACUUAACGACAACAGUUACUCAAACAUCAAUGACAUUGACCAACUGAGUCAGUUGUUGAUCCAAAGUGGAAAUUUAAAGAAAGAUAUCGACACUUCUUAUGAAGCUGUUUCCGCCGAAAGCAAACAACUACUCGAGGCUUUGCAGAAACCGCUACUCCCCGGCGAUGACCGUGACACGCCGGAAUUUUCCGAAGCUGCAUCGCAUGUCAUGGAGCUGUUUUUGAACGUUCAUGAACAUCAUAGACAGCUGGGGAUAUUAUGGGAGGCGAAGCAAAGUGGCUUACGUGAGUUGAUACAUAUGUCGACGUUGGAGCAGGAUAUUAAUCAGGUUAUCAAAUGGAUCGACGAACACGGAGAGCCUUUCCUAGACAAGCAUACGGAUGUUGGUAUGACUACGGAAAAAGCCGAGGCCUUGCUCAAACGUCAUGAGGAAUUCGAAGCUAUUGCGAAGAAUACGUAUACAAAUGCCAAUCAGAUCAGGGAUGCCAUCAAACAAUUACAAGACUCUGGGGAAUGUCGAGCUGACGAGAUAAGAAGGCGGACUCAGUACUUUGAUCGACGCGUUCAGAAUUUUGUUCGUCGUGUUGACGAAAGGCGGCAAAUUUUAGAGCUGGCUGUAUCGUUUUAUUCCUGCUCAAAAAAUAUUCAUAACGAUGUUGAGAGAGUGAAAGCGCAACUCGAGAUUGAAGAAUUAUCGGACGAUCCCGACGACAUUGCGAAGGUUUUGCUCAAACUACGUCACGAGUGUGAACGCUCGCUCGACAAUAUAAACAAAAACAUAAACGAUGGCAAAUCUAUCGUCCAGCACAUGAAAGCAAACGCGCAAGACGGUAAAAACGAGUCACGUGACCGUCUCCAGGAAAUAAUUAAAGAUCUCGAGGGGAAAAAGAAUGUGUUGGAAAUGGCGUGGAUGAGGCGUCGCGAACAGAUGGAACUCUGGCAGCAAUUAUGGGAAUUUGAGCGAGAUGGGGAAAAUGUAAAGAAUCACUUGGAAAACUGCGAAGCUGAUUUGGAGAAAGGUGGCCUAGCCGAUGACCUUAAUGGAGCGAAAUUGAUGUUGAAUUCCUUUCAAGAACAAUUAAAAGCGAUCGAUACUUUAUCGUUGAGGACUUUUUGCAAGGGCGAAGAACUUAUAGAUCUGCUACGGCAUUCUGACGUCGAAUUACGUGUUCGCAACCCAAGCACGCCUGAGACCAUUGAAGCGCAUCAACACAUUCAAAACCUGUUGGAAUUCUUACACAAUCAAAGACGUUUGUUUCUCGAGUUCGCUGAAGCUAGAAAGAAAAAGUUGGAGCAAAGGCUGGCGUUGAAACAACUCGAAGCAGACACAAAACAGGCCAUUGGAUGCAUUCGUAAUGGUGAAAAUAUGUUACUUUCAAACAUUAUUCCGGGAUUUUCAUUGGCCGAAGCGAAAGACAGCCUUACUGAAUACGAGCAGUUUAAAACUGCAAUGGAGAAAACGAGUCAACGCGUGGCGUCAAUACGUAGUCGCGCGGACGAGUUGAUAAAACAGAAACAUCCAAGACCAGAGCAAUUAAUGAAAUGUUCUGACCUUGUUAUGACACGAUGGCAGCAGUUGAUGAAGAAGGCAAACGAAAAACAACAAGUCGUUAUGUCAUCUUAUAACUUCUUCAAGACGUCAGAAAAGGUCAGUAGUCUACUGCAAAAGGUGUUGAAAGAGUAUAAAAUAGGUGAUGACCCUUGUUCCCAGUACGCCGAUCUCGAGUUGCGAGACAGAUCUCGGGUGAUUACGUCACUGUUGGAGAAACACGCGCGCGAGCGUGAAGAGAUUGCAAAGGGACACGAGGCAGUGUAUGGUUUCGCAGAUGCCUUUCUAAAGUAUGUCUCGCCUAGUGCAGAAAAUGGCGGUAUCGUCACGGUUUGUACGCCGACAGAUGCAAAUAAGGAAAAGAUGGAACAACAGGUUAAAGAAAUAUCUGAGUUGAUUAGAGGACAAAAGAAAUUUGCGUUAGAUUUAUGGAACGUAAAAAACACUAUCUUGGGACAGUGUAAAGAAUUUCUUGACUUUGAGACGAACGCAAAGCAGGCGUUGGAAUGGAUUCAUGAUCAAGGAGAAUUUUAUCUUUCCUCUAAUGCUGCCAUCCCGGAGAACGAGGAAGAAGCAAAGCAAAGAUACGAAGAACACUUGAAAUUUACUCAGAUGUCCGUCGAAAUCAGAGAGAAAGUGAAAUCUCUACUACAAGAAGCAGACGAACUGUUUAAGAGGUCAUGUUUCCAUAGUGACGGCAUCAUGCAGUGGGCUACAGCAGUCGAUAAAAGGUUUAAAGAUUUCACGAGUCGUAUGACGAAAUAUUUAAAUCAACUUGAGUCCAAACUUGGUUUCCCUAUAACAAAAUAUAGCGAGAAUGACGAAGAGAUGCCUGAUGUAUCGGUGUUAUCGCAGGCUCAACAAAAUCCUGCAAUACGAGAGAAAACUCUCAAUCUAAGAGAACUGUCGAAGGACAGCGGUAUUCACGAACUUAUGGAGGAAGAGAAGCGAAAGUCUGCGCGAAGGAAAGAGUUCAUAAUGAACGAGCUAUUGCACACUGAACGUACCUACGUUGCUGAUUUAAAAUGUAUAAUACAGAGCUAUAUGGAUGUAAUGGAUGGCAAUCCCAGCGUUCCUCCUGGGCUGGUGGGUAAAGAAGACGUCAUCUUUGGGAAUAUUAAACAGAUCUAUGAAUUCCAUCAAAGCGUAUUUCUGAAUGCUCUCGAAAAGUAUGAAACCAACCCCGAAGAUGUAGGCGAGUGUUUUGCUGAAAAAGCUGAGGAAUUCAAGAUGUACGUUUCUUACUGCAAGAACAAAACUCUCUCAAAUAAUUUGCUCAUUGAACAUGGAGGAACUUUCUUUUCCGAUUUACAAGCGUCUUACAAUCAUGGUCUCUCGAUAGCUGCUUAUCUUAUCAAACCCGUUCAAAGAAUUACCAAAUAUCAACUUUUGCUUAAGGAUUUAUUAACGUGCUGUGAGGGUUCUGAGACUAGUCUACAGGCUGGCCUCGAAGUAAUGCUAGGAGUUCCACGUCAGGCCAAUGACGAAAUGUCUAUCGGUCUAAUCCGUGGUUUUGAUGAACAUCUUCAUUUAUUAGGAAAAAUCCUACUUCAGGACGUAUUCUUUUUGUGGGAUGCAAAGUUGUUGCGUCGUAAAGGCAAAGAACGUCAUUUAUUCUUGUUCGAACAAGCUCUUCUUGUUACGAAAGAGGAUAAAGACGUCGACGGAAAAGUCAUUUAUGUGUAUAAAUACAAACUUAGGUGUUCGGAGAUUGGUAUCACAGAACACAUUGCUGAAGACGGCUGCAAAUUUGCAUUAUGGACGGGUCUGCCGCCGAAUUGUGAUGUAAAAAAAAUAGUCAAGGCGAACACGUUGGACGUGAAGCAAAAUUGGGUGAAGCAGUUACGAAAUCUUCAACAACAAUAUCAAUUUGGUGUCUUGAGAAGCAAAACUAUGUCCUUCAGUUCAAAAAGUCCUUGGAAAAAUCCCGACAGAGAAAGCGGUGUCGUCGAUGAUGAUAGGGUAUCAUGGGAUUUUGAGUGCGGAGACAAGACGUCUGACGAAGUAUCUGGAACGGAUGUCUCGUACUUUUGCAUAGAAAACUUUACCAAAGUCGCCGAAGACGAAGUGUCUUUGAAGAAAGGGCAGUUUGUUGAAGUGCUGGAAAGUCCGGCUAAUUGUCGCCGUUGGAGAAUACGCUUUGUGAACACAGAAUCCGAACCUCAGGUUGUGGAAGGUUGGAUUCCCAGCGAUGUUUUAAAACGGCAAGAUACAUUAGUAAGAAGGAACUCUGAUGGAUCAAUGUGCAGCAGUGAAGACUCCAACUCGCUGUCUUCCUGCAACGAUUUGAGUCCAGCGGCCUCUCUUUACAACAGUACUGGUCUAGUAAACGGAGCUACCUCCCCCCCUCUGAGGAGGAGAGCAAAAUCCACUGGACAAUUUGGAACCUUGCGCAUGAAACCUUGGAGACGAGAUUCGAUGAACAGAAGCAAAAAAGUCCUUCAGACCUCUCCUAUCCCUCGCAAUACGAGGAUUUCUGGGGGUGGAAGUAAAAAACUACAGGCGUUACUUGGUGCCAGUGAGAAUGACAUUGACCUUCUUAUAAAGACUAAUUCUUUGUCGGCAUCUUCUGAUCAUCUUAAGAAGACUGGAUCGUUUGACGAAGAUAUUUCCUUGAUUGAAGAACGUCACGAAGAAUUAUUGGCGGAAAAUGGAUCAACGGAAAUCAUUCCCGAGGAAGCUCGUGCCGGUAAUGAUGGCACAUUAAGCAAAGAAAGCGCUCAGACGAAGGAGAUUAGCGUCGGGGAAGGUUUAAAUGCAAGCAGUGAAAGUCUUCUAAAUGAAGAUGUGGAAUGUAACGGUUUUCAUGGCGAUGAAGAAGACGGUCAUCCAGAUGAUCAAACUCCAGAGGAUAAAGAAGCUGUUGCCUUAAAGAAACGAAUGUAUGUCAUCAAAGAGUUAAUUCAAACUGAACAAGAUUAUGUGAAAGAUUUGCAAGCAGUCGUUGAGGGCUACAUUCCCGAGAUGUCUAAGGAAGAUGUUCCAGACGAACUGAAGGGAAAGGAAAGAGAAAUUUUUGGAAAUUUGAGGCAAAUUUUUGAGUGGCAUAAAAGCUUUUUUAGUAAGGAACUUGAGAAAUGCGAAGAUGCCCCUGAGAAAAUAGCCAAUGUUUUUCUCAAGGCAUCAAAGCGUCUCGAAAUGUACAUUCAUUAUUGUCAAAAGAAACCGAAGUCAGAAGGAUUAGUUCGAGAAUUCGAAGAUUUAUACUUCAACGAAUUAAGAAAUCGUCUUGGUCAUCGUCUUGCUCUGUCUGAUUACUUAAUUAAACCCGUUCAACGGAUUAUGAAGUAUCAGCUUUUACUAAAGGAUAUUUUAAAGUACACGGAAAGAGCAAAUUUGGAAUCAACUAAUCUUAAGAAUGCAUUGAACAUUAUGCAAGUAAUUCCAAAGAAGGCAAAUGAUAUGAUGAACGUCGGGAUGAUUGAGGGAUAUUCGGGUAACAUCCAUGCGCAAGGGAGUUUGAUCUUACAAGAUAUCCUACAGGUUACCGACUACAAGGCGAAAACCAAACCUGCGAAAAGGCGAGUCUUUGUCUUCGAGCAAAUGAUCAUUUUCACAGAACCGUUCGAAAGAAAGACAGAUUGGACCGUUUUCAUUUAUCGUCAUUCCAUCAAGACUAACUUCAUGGGCAUUACGGAAAACUACGCCGAUGAUCCGUGCAAGUUUGCGUUAUGGACGCAUACCAGUCAAAAUGAAAUUUACGUUUUAAAAGCGGAGACUCCUAAAGACAAGAUAAAAUGGAUAAAGACUCUUCGUCAACUUUUGGAGCAUCUAAAACAGUUUGCAAAUGAGAAAGAUGACGACCGUUAUAAUGAUUUAGUAAACGAGCUAAACGAUUUCGCUGAUGAAGCUCUCGUCAAUCCGAUCGAGUACCAAGGUGGUAAUGCCGAUCCUCAUGGGAUAAAUAGUGUAACGACAUCACUGGGUCAAGCAACUUUAUCGGCUGUUACACACGACAACUCACGAAAUAAUGUCGAAGCUUCUCCGGAAGUCGUUCGAAGACGUCUGAAUAAGACAUUGAGCGCUCCUUCAUCAAACCAAGUCAAACAUUUCAGUCUAAUUCCUCUUCACACAGCGCAAAACUUAGAAGAGUUGACCGGUGUAUUCUCCGAUGGGCGCGGAAAGAAUAAAUACAUUGCUAUUGCCGAUUAUAAAGCGAAAUCCAAGGAUCAAAUAACUGUAAAAAAAGACGAUAUUGUUUAUGUUGUAUCGAGUAAGAAACACGACAAGAAAUGGCUUUACGGUCAUGUUGCCGGGAGUGAAUUGUAUGGCCUUGUUCCUAUUCGUGUUUUGCAUAAGGAGACUGAUAAUAAUCGUAUCAACGAGGACGAUACUUUUCAGAACGGACCAGAUAAAGUGAAGUUAGUUCGUAAACACAGUUUCCCGAGCAGCGCGUUACGUCGUGUCACACAAAAGAAAUCUAAAACGGAUUUCUCUCAUAUAUCCACUCAGUUACGGGACAGUAUAGAAAAAUUUAAUCAAGAUUUCCCAGCAUGCUCUGAUAAUUUGCCAAAUGGUGACGCAAAAGGCAACCCACGUUUUAAUCAAGAACUUCGUGACGCUGUAAUCAAUCGACCGAACACUUUACGUCUUUCUUGUGAAGUUAUACCUGACACGAACUAUACUUUUCAAUGGCAAAAAGAUUCAAAAACGAUCACAGCCUCGGAACGUGUAAAGAUCAUGAACGCAGUGCAUCACAACACACUCGAAAUUACAACAACGGACUUUGAAGAUAGUGGCGUUUACACUUGUACUGCUAUAAACGAUCAUGGUCAAGUUACGACGUCUUGUAUUGCUCAAAUUCGAGACAAACCGUCAUCACCUUCGAAGCCGACCGUCACCGAAAUCACAUCUUCGUCAGUCAUCGUUAAAUGGAAUCCACCUGACAGCGAUGGAAAUAGUGCUAUUACGGCGUAUACUGUCGAAUGCAAAGAGACUGGUGUUAGUCAAUGGCAGGCCCCAGUUCCCUUUGUAUCAACGACAUCCACGGUCGUCGAUGAUCUCACUCCAGGCUCUGUGUAUCAGUUUAGAGUGAGUGCAAACAAUGUUGUUGGCAUAAGUAAACCCAGUCCCCCAACAGAACCUGUCACGCUCGACGUCGGUAAUGGUAAAUCCCAUCGAGACAUCAAUAAGGACAAGGUUAUAUGGAAAUCAGACAUCGAUGAAUUUCAUAAUGUUUACGCAGAACUUGGGAGGGGAAGAUACUCAGUCGUUAAGAAAUGUGUCGACAAAAUAAGUGGAAAAGAAUACGCUGCUAAAUUCAUUAAGAAACGAAUGUGCUCUCAAAACGAUGUUGAACGCGAGGUCACCAUACUGCGUCGUAUGAAACAUCCAAAUAUAAAUUUAUUCAUAGACUCCUUCGAAAAUGACAAGAACUGGAUCCUUAUUCAAGAACUUUUACCCAAUGGAAGAUUAUUCGAUUCAAUUCUCGUUGCCAAUCCUUGGACAGAGAAAGAAGCUGUUGGUUUCGUCAAACAGAUUCUUGAGGCUGUUCAGCAUCUUCACGAUUGUAGAGUUGCUCACUUGGACUUGAAACCUGAGAAUCUUCUGUUGGAUAGUGGACCAAUACCGAAAAUAAAGCUUGUUGAUUUUGGGAAUGCCUUCACAAUGUCUAGUGAAAAUAUCAUUAUAGAUCUUAUAGGCAAUCCAGAAUUCUCUGCACCCGAAAUUAUUCGUGAAUUACCCGUCACUGUUGAAACUGAUAUUUGGAGUAUUGGUGUCAUCGUACAUGUCAUGCUAACAGGCGUUUCCCCUUUCUACGACGAACAUGUUCAAACCAUGUGUGAUAACAUCUGUAAGGUCCGUUUUAAUCUCGAUGCUGAUUACAUGGUAGACAUUUCCACGGAGGCAAAAGCUUUCAUUAAAAGAUUGCUUAUCCGUGAACAAUGGCGACGACCAGAAUGCAGUGAUUGUUUAGACAUGAAAUGGAUGAAGAUGAUUUCUCCUCGUUCACCACUCUCAGUUCCUGUCACACAGCUAAAUACAUCACGGCUCGCUACGUUCAACGCCAGACGAAGGAAAAAUCAACUUGAAAUCACCAACAUUAGACCAAUACUUCAAGCAGAAAAGGGAGAAUCUAAUGUUUGAUCGGUAAAAAUGUACCACCUGAACGCUACCAUGGUCGAUUGUGAUUUUAGAUAAACUACUUUAAGAUCCUUUCGUUAUUUAAUAAACACAAGGCAAUAGAAAUUUGUGUUUAAAAAAUAUUAUUUAUUGACACGAAGAUUUUAUAUUACUGUUCUCGUUAAUUUUAAUAUCAAUCAUGUUACAAACUUGGGAAGAGAAUCUUCCAUUUCAUGACAUAAAUAAUUUUUCAAAGUAUUGUAACUGUACAUAACGUUAUAGAAGAUAUUAUUUUUCUAUUAUAAAUAGGGAUGAA